AGGUCACUGUUUUAAAACGUGUUGGUUUGAUUUCAGAGAGCAAAGUUUCCGUCCUCCAGACCUGCAGACCACAUGAUCCUGGACAGACAGAGACGGGACGCUGCCAGAGACAAAGUUCUGGACUUCACAAAGUCCCAGCAGAACUGCGAUAUCAAGGCGUCCUGGCUGGAGACUUCAGAGCGCCGCUUCCUGACGGGGACGGUCCAGCGACGAGUCGGAGACGCUCGGGACCAACAGGAAGUCCACCUGGACCAGAGGAGGGAUAGGCUGCGAUUGCUGUUGGAGACGGAGGAGCAGCAGCUCCUGCAGGAGAUGGAGGACAGGACGGAGACACUGGUGGAGAGACAGGCGAGGAUGAGAGAGCGAGCGAGGACACUGAGGGACAGGAGGGAGAGAGACAGACAGCAGCUGGUGUCAGACAAGCUGGAGCAGCUCUUCAGGGAGCGGUGUGAGGAGCUGCGGAGCGAGGAGCUGCGGCGCCGGGAGCAGCAGGUGUGUGCAGAGCGGGUGGUGCAGGUGAGAAGUGUGCAGGAGCGGCGGCAGCUGCAGUUGCAGGAAGAGGAGGUGUUUGAGGAGCUGUGGGAGGCCGACCGCCGAGCCAAAGAGGAGCGAGAGGGCGAGGAGGAGCAGAGACGGAGACAGAGGGACAGACAGACACUGGAUGCAAUCAGGAGACAGAUGGAGGACGCUGAGGAGCAGAGACAGAGGAGCAGACAGCUGAGGGAGCAGGAGGCCACGCUGAGGCUGCAGCAGCAGGAGGUGCAGCGGCUGCAGCAGCAACGGGAGCAGCAGCAGGCGGUGCAGCAGCAGCAGAGCAGGCGGCGGCAGCUGGACCGCUGUCUGCGGCUGAAGAUGAGGCGUCUGGCUCGACAGCAGCAGGACGAGCUGCGGCUGGACAUGGACAUCCUGCAAUCGCUGCUGCGACAGGAGACGGACCACCAACAGGAAGUUGCUCAUAGGAAGGCGGAGCUGCAGGAGGAGCAGCGCAGGUACCGGCAGUACCUGAGCGAGGAGCUGCAGAGGCAGAGGAGGGAGGAGGAGGAGGCGCAGCAGCUGGUGGAGGAGAAACUGAGGGAGGUCUGGGCUCAGAGGGAGGAGCACAGCCGGCUGCAGAGGGAGGCCAGGAACCGCCUGAUGGAGGAGGUGAUGGAGGCGCGACACCUGCAGAUACGACACAAACUGGAGAUGAACACACAGAAACAGCAGCUGUCUGCAGAGAGAGACGAGCUGAACAGAGCCAUUGAGGACAUGAAGCUGAUGGACGAGGACGAGAGGACACGGCGGCGGCGGUGCGAGGAGGCGUAUCGUGGGGAUCUAAGGGCUCAGAUGGAGGUGCAGCAGAGGAGGCGCAGUGAGCAAAGAGCGGAGGAGCAGAAGGAGCAGCAGCAGGGCCUCCUCCUGCAGCAGCUGUACCAGCAGAGGAGAGACCACUUCCUGUCUCACGGAGGCUCCGCCCCUGCAGACACAGCCCUGCCCCCUGCUGGGCCGUCUGAGUAA